CAAAAAUGUGAAAAUGUCUGUCAUCUUCUCUACUUGUCCCCGCAUAAACCCUUCCACCUCCAUUUGAUAUCCGACCCGGCCCCAUGUUUAUCAAUCAUCUGCCGAAGCUCCAUCUCCAGUUAUCCACACUCGCUUCCAAACCCAAACUCCUUAUCCCACCCACGCUCUCACCCAAAGCCGUAUCCGGCCCGAUCGCCAACUUCUCCACCGCUGCUCUUCUCCAAGCCCCAAACAUCGUCGGUUCGAAUGAGACUAGCCCGGUCGAAAUCUCACCUGGAAAGCUUUUUUUUCCGCCGGAAACCGAUGUUACCGUAGAAACAGCUUCGUUUGGUUCCCGGAUCCUCAAGGGCUCCAACAUAGUGCUCAGCAAGUAUGCAGGGGAUGCGCAGGUGGAGCUGGCGGAGUUUGUGAAAAGUAGUGUGAAUACGGAGGACUGUCCCGCCGAUGGGUUGCCGGAAUUUGCGCUGGUUGGGAGGUCUAAUGUGGGGAAAUCAUCACUACUUAACUCUAUUGUUAGGCGUAAGAAGCUUGCUCUCACUUCCAAGAAACCUGGCAAGACACAAUGCAUCAACCAUUUCCGGAUAAAUGGUAGCUGGCAUCUUGUUGAUUUGCCUGGAUAUGGGUAUGCUUCAGCACCACACGAAGUCCGUAAAGAUUGGGAAAAGUUUACGAAAGACUAUUUUCUGAACCGGUCAACUCUUGUCUCUGUAUUCCUUCUCAUAGAUGCUAGCAUCCCUGCCAAAAAGAUUGACCUUGAAUAUGCAAGUUGGCUUGGGAAGAACCAGAUUCCAAUGACACUAGUUUUUACCAAAUGUGAUAAGCGGAAGAAGAACAAGAAUGGAGGGAAAAGACCCGAAGAUAAUGUCCAAGAUUUUCAAGAGCUAAUACAAGACUUCUUCCAAACGUCUCCACCUUGGAUUAUGACAAGCAGUGUAACAAACCAAGGUCGGGAUGAGAUAUUGUUACACAUGUCUCAACUACGAAAUUAUUGGCUCAAGCAUUGAGUUUCAAUCACCUGGCUUGGCAGAUAUGGCAUUUCAAAGCAACUACUUAUAAGUGAUUCAACUUCAUCACUUCUGCCCUGGAAAUUCAUAUGAUGAUGUGAUGCAGUUGCUCAUAAACAUGGGGCAGUUUAGUUCAGCGAAGGAAAUCUACCAUCAAACAUGCAGGACAACCCUCUACAUCCCAACUUACAAGAUUUUGCAGGCCUUCAGCAUCUGAUUCUUUUGAGGAAAAGUGUCUUUGCAAGGUCACAACGUGUAAGUGUAUUCAUAUAAAAAUGCUAUCUUUGCAUUGUGUAAGGACUUCGAGUGUGUAUUUGUAUUUCUUUUUGCUGUCUUAUAAUUCGAAAGACAUGUUUUUUCCAACAUGUUUCAACAUCUUACGUGUUCAUGUUGUGUUGGGCGACCACCUGUGGAGGCGGCUGCUGCCGACAAUAGUAAUAGUUUGACAGCAGUAGUCAAUGACAAUUGGCUGUGGUGGUGAUCCAAAGGUGGCCCCUAAUCGCGGUGCUUGUAGACAAUCUAUUGGUAAUACUUUUGCCAUUAGAUUUGAUCAUUGAUCUAACAUUUAUUUCUUUCCUUGAUAAGUUUUAAUUGUGUGGAAACAGUUUACCAUGUAAAAUAUUUUUGCCAUUAGAUUCAUGAUCAACAGUGAUCUUAUUAUGCUCA